UGAUUAAAAUAAGUCCCGUCAACGGUAAACGUCGAAGAGCAUCCUAAUCUCCAUCAGAAGAUAAAACAAUAGAAAAAAUUUGGUGAUAAUAGACCUUUUUCCCAUGGAAUAAAUCUUCAUCUGUAUAUAUUUCCUGCAAUUACCCACUUGAACCCCCAAACUUGCCAUCAAUUUUUGUUUUCUUCAAAUUAUUGUAUUACAAAACCAUGGAAUCCAAAAACAAGCCUCAUGCAGUUUGCAUACCUCUUCCAGCACAAGGCCACAUAAACCCCAUGUUAAAGCUAGCCAAGCUCCUCCACUCCAGAGGCUUCCACGUCACCUUCGUCCACACACAAUUCAACCACAACCGCCUCCUCAACUCCACCGGUCCACACUCUCUUUCCGGUUUACCCGAUUUCCGGUUCGAAACCGUCUCUGACGGUUUACCAGCGACGAACCAGAGGGGCAUACUGGACCUUCCGGUUCUGUGCGAGUCAAUGCCGGUUCACUGUUUGGAAUCGUUUAGGGACCUCAUGGUUAGGCUUAGAGAUUUGAAAGAUGUGCCUCCGGUGAGUUGUGUUGUGUCUGAUGGUGUGAUGAGUUUUACUAUGGAAGUGGCGGAGGAGUUUGGGCUGCCGGAGUUGCUGUUUUUCACUCCGAGUGGGUGUGGGAUGUUGGGUUAUCUUCACUUUGAGGAGCUUAUUCAAAGAGGCUACUUUCCAUUGAAAGAUGAGAGUUGCUUGACCAAUGGAUACCUCGACACCGUGAUUGAUUGGAUCCCUGGAAUGAAAGGCAUUCGACUAAAAGACCUCCCAACAUUCAUCCGAACUACCAAUCCGCAGGACACAAUGUUCAACUACAACUUACAAUCAAUGACCAAUGCUUUAAAAUCCAAAUCCAUGAUCCUCAACACAUUUGAUGAUUUAGAACACCAAUUCCUAGACAUCAUCAAAACCAAAUUCAACAAUCUCUACACUAUCGGCCCUUUAUCUCUCCUCCACCGCCAACUUUGCAACUCCGAGCCCCUAAACUCUAUUCAAUCAAAUCUAUGGAGAGAAGAAACAGAAUGCUUGGAUUGGUUGGACCGAAAAGAACCAAGAUCGGUUGUGUAUGUCAACUAUGGAAGCCUCAUAAUCAUGACAAAGGAACAAUUGAGUGAGUUCGCUUGGGGACUUGCUAAUAGUAAGUACUCAUUUUUGUGGGUGAUUAGGCCUGACCUUGUUGAUGGUGGCGAAGAGAUCUUAUCGAGUGAUUUCAUGGCAGUUAUAAGAGAUAGGGGCUUGUUAUUAGGUUGGUGUCCCCAAGAGAGAGUUCUUGGACAUGUGGCGGUUGGAGGGUUUUUGACACAUUGUGGGUGGAAUUCGAUUCUGGAAAGCAUUUGUGAGGGGGUACCUAUGAUUUGUUGGCCAUUUUUUGCGGAGCAACAGACGAAUUGCUUGUAUUUGUGUCAAGAAUGGGGGGUGGGGAUGGAGGUGGAUGGCGGCGUGAGGAGAGAGAAAGUGGAGGGGUUGGUGAGGGAGUUGAUGGAAGGAGAGAAGGGAAAGGAGAUGAGGAGAAAGGCCAUGGAGUGGAAGCAGAGAUCAGAGGAAGCUACAAAGCCUGGUGGGUCAUCUUAUGUUAACUUUGAUAUGGUAGUCAAGUACCUAAAACAGGAGUCAUUAACAACUACCAAGCCUUAACCUUAGCUUGUGAAUUUGUUUUAUAGCAAUGUUAUCUGUCCAAAAAAAUUAUUUGUAACUGUCAAUUUUUAUAAGAUGAAUGUGAUUUGAUAAUACAAUUAUUAAUAUUCAAUCACUUUGAUUUUUUAUAUA